CUUGGCGAAGAGAGCGGCUCGCGAGGCGAAUGAUGCGCUGCUCAACCUCACCCAAUAAGCGGAAGGUUAAUGUUCGCAAGAUGGGUGCAAAGCUGGAUUAGAAGUGCGUUAAAAUAUUUUUCCAUUUCUCGCGCAUCAGUUGAUUGGGGUAUUCAAAUGCCUAACCAUCUCAAUCCUUUGCUUAAGCUUCAACAAGAACUUAUCAUUGUCUUCCUCAGCUGUCUUCAGCAACCUCUCCAACAAGUUGCUCUUCUUUGUCAACCCAAGAUUCCUGAUAUUAACCUCUGUUAUCUUGCCAUCUUCUUCGGCAAGAAUGCCCUGCUGAAUACGCAAGUAUGUUGGGAGCUUUUCAAGUGCAGCCCUCACUAUCAACAGUCGGUGGUGAAAAGGCUGAAGGAAGUGGUGGCGGAGAAACGAGAGUUUGAGCAGCAAAUGGAGAACGUGCAGAGGGUAGGACAGCAUCUGAAUGUCAUUCCACUUCGUGCAUAUUACUACUCAAAAGAUGAGAAGCUCCUUAUAUGA